AUGGCGUCUCGUGUUGGAGAAGAAGCUCAAACACUCCCGAAGCCCACAUCUCGAUCCGGAUCCGUCCUCCAAGAGCCCGUCCUGAUCCGUCCCGGCCGCCUCUUCGAGGCCCACCACGUCGGUCGCAUCGCAGCGGAGACGUACUACGACACGCCCCUGACCCAGUUCCUCAACCCUCACCGGGGAAAGUACUACGCCGACUACGAGCGCGGGUUCACGCACCGGGCGCUGGCGCGGAUGCUCUCGCCGCGCAACGUCACCCUGUUCGCGUACGAGGCUUCGCGGCCGGCGCGGCCCGUCGGCUACGUGCAGUUCGUGCGGCUGGGCGACGACGGGCCGGCGCGGGAGAUGGAUCGCGACGCUGGGCGCGCGUGGCGGCUUUCUCUCUGGGUCCUGGGCUGGGCGUGGUGGCUCUACACCCGGUUCUUCGCCGGGCGGGACAGGAGCGCGGAUCCGGCGGCGGGGAAGAGGUUUGAGGGGAUGGUUGCGGGCGAGGUGAGGAGGCACUGGGUGGGGAGGCCUGAGAGGGUGAAUCGGUGGCAUGCGCAGAGUGUGGUUGUGGCGGGGGGGUUCCAGGGGGCCGGGAUUGGAAAGAGGCUUGUGGCGGAGGUGCUGGGUAGGGCGGAUGGGGAGGGGGUUGUUGUGGGUUUGGAGGCUAGUAAGGCGGGCGAGCCGAUGUAUAGGAGUCUGGGGUUCGAGCUGCUGGGGAGGUUUGGUGGGAGUGUUGAUUUUGAGGGCGGAGCCGGGGGGGUGAUGAUGAGGAAGCCGAAGAGGGGGAUGCAGCAGGUGUGUUUGCAAAGGACUUCAGGACGGGCUUUGGCGAAUGUGGACGACGAAUAUAAGAGAAUAAUAGAGCAGGAUUCCAGGAUUCCAGGAUUCAAGAAGCUUGAGAUUCGCCGGUCGUCGGAAGAAGCUCUGGCAACUUGGCACAAAUUUUGGGAAUCUGGGCAUCGAGACAUGGAAUCGACAGGAGCCGAACGACGCUCGCGGUCGAGGUCUCGCUCCUCCGACCACAAUGAGCGUCUCGAGCCUCAAUUGCUGCGCGCGGCGGAGAACGACGAUGUAGACAAGCUCCGCCAGAUCAUCGAGUCUGCAAGGAAAAAGGACCAAUUGACCGAGAACUUCCUCCGCAUCGGCCUGGUCCGAAGCGCGGAGAAGGGAAAGAUUGGUGCAACACGGUAUCUUCUAGCUGAGGGGGCCCAGCCAGAUGGUGCGACGGGAAACAGACUGUCGCCGUUGUUCAAGGCCGUCGAGAGGAACAACAUUGGCAUCGUGCAUCUGCUUCUGGAGCAUGGCGCCAACGCGGAAACGGCUGAUAAGAAAGGCAGGACGGCCUUGAUGACGGCAGCAUGGAUGAAUUACUGGCACAUCUUGAACUCGCUGAUUGUAAAUGGCGCGGAUGUGAACGCGAAGGACGAAAGAGGAAGAAAUGUAUUACACAAUCUCGGCGCCGACAAGCAGUGCAACUGGGGUGACUCGGUGAUCGAACUCUUGCUGAACGAGAACAUAUACAUUGACGGGGAGCAGGGCCAGGACAAACUCGGGCGGUCGCCCUUACAUUGGGCGUGCGCAACGGGCAAAACGCAUUUUGCAGAGCUUCUCCUCACGCGGUCGAGGAUGCCGCGAGCCAACGUACACGCGAUCGAGUCGCGGGGGAAGACAAGUCUGCAUCUCGCUGUUGCUCGCGAUUCGGACGACAUUGUCGAGCUCCUUCUCAGGCAUGGCGCCGAGAUCAGUGCGAGAAGCGAUGGUGGGUGGACCGCCCUUCAUAACGCCUGCGAGCUCGGAUCCGAGAAGAUCGUUCGUAUCCUUCUCGGAGCUGGGUCGGACAUCAACGCUAAACUGCUCAAUGGGAUGACACCCCUUCACCUUGCGGCUCAAGGAGGCCACUUGGCCGUUGUGAAAUGUCUGUUGGAAAGAAAAGAUAUCAAGAGAGCGGCCCGGGAUACAUUUGGGAGUACCCCUUUCCUCCGGGCUGCGCAGAAUAGGCACAAGGACAUUGUGAAUCUCCUGGCACCUUUCAACCACAUGGAAGUAAUGUCCAAAGACGCGUUGGGUGCCAGCAAUGGAUUCAACGCCACUAUUGUGGAUUUUGGCAACUUCCACAACGAAAAUCGCGUCAAGCGACCAACAGUCUACGAACUACUCUAUGGUCGUGAUCCGAUCAAUCCGCGGAAGCCAAAGAUGACGAUCCUCCCGAAUGACGACAAGGCAUCAGACUUCCGAUGGAUCCAUCUCCCAGCCAAUAACAUGGCCUGGAUCGAAGUGCUCCUCACAAAGAUGUUCAUCGAAGAGGGGGCAAGUGAUGUUGACGGUUUCAAGGCCCUGGAGCGCUCCUUCUCGCAUCAACAUCGAGGACAGCAGAGCCAUUCACAUUUUAUGCGCCCACUCUGUCAAAGUGCGACAAGAGCAGCAGCAUCUACGCCACAACACCAUCACAAGCCCCCGGAUCCACCAGCAGAGAGUGGUCCGCCCAGGAUCGUGAUCAAUGGAGCCGAGUCCAAGGGGUCUCCCAAGCCGGCUUCGAGGAAAUCUACGUUCCGAGGAGACAGCAAUGACUUUUCCAAGUCUCCUCACGGCAGGGAUCAUGAGAGAGGUGCUCACAAGGAGAAGGGGAAGAAGCCUCAAGCGAAAGGUAAUAAGUCGCCGAAGCUGAAUGAUACGCCGAGUAAAGACAAAGAUACACCACGCAGAAGAAACCCAUCUUCAGAAAACCAUCGGCCUAGCAUGCCCUGUAAGAAAGAGCCUAUGCAGUCGAAGGCCAACGUUUUCACAUUCAUGCCAUACCUCCACUUCGAAAGUACCAGGCGGCGGCAGGAGAUGCAAGAAGCCAUUGAGAGAGCUGAAGCUCUGCGGCUUCCACUUUGUCAAUAUCCGGGCAAGCCUGCGACCUAUGAUGAGAUGUUGAUCAGAGCACACCUGGCUACGUCCACUGCAUCGCUACAUGUCCGGCGCACAUUAGAUCAAUUCUUCUACCACAACAUUGAUACCAAGAGCCGAGAUCAAGACCAGGUUGUUUACCGCUACCAGCUCAAAGGCAAAGAUCAAAAGGACUCGGAAGUUGAUCCGAAAAUCGUGAUGGUCGACCAAUUGUGGAUGUGGGUACUGGGGAAAGACCUGAUUGUUACCAGCUUCCCCCAGAGGUGGCAACAGCCUAAGAACGACCCCUUGAACGUUCUAGAUAGUGUGAUCGAAGACAUCAAUAGCAAGACCCGGGAGCCUGUGAAAUCGGUCUACGACCUGGCAAUGAUUAUCACGGGUCGAUGUACCGGCGUGUUCGACAGACAUCGGAUGGGCGACGACGAGUACCUAUUCCUAGAUAUGUUCGAGUCAAGUAUCGGCAGUGCGACUGAUAGAGAGACUCUGCUGUUCAAGGAAUUCAACGAGGCUUCGGCACAAGCCUCGGUAUGGCUGCAACACCAUCGGAAGUCACACGGCUUCUCCCGGUUCGUCGAGCACGGUACUACCGAAGCAGAGAUAAAACACGAAAGCAACUACAUGAAUUGGGACAGGGAAGAAGAGAAGUUCAAGAUGGAAGAACUCAUGCGGAAUCCGCCUUUCAUCGACAAACUCCUCGACAUCGGACAGGAAACGGACCUGCUGGCCGAAACGAAAGAUAUCCGCGACGAGUUGAAUAUGAUUGCCAAAGUCCUCGACGACCAGAAGAACGUGCUGCCCGAUCUUCAAGAUGCCGUCAGCGAAAUUUACCGAGACGAGCAGAAAUCCCAGCAGGAAGUCAAGAAGCGCUUCCGAGACCAGCUGAAGACUAUCGAUGUCCACCUCAAAGACAUCGAGCGCAUGGAUCGCCAGGCCGAACGCAUCUACAAAUCCAUCACCGACAUGCUGGACCUGAAGCAGAAACACGCCAACGCCUUCGAGGCCCGCUUUGCGCGGGACCAGGCUGCCGGGACCGCCAGACAGAGCCAGACGAUCAUGGUCUUCACCAUCGUCACGAUCAUCUUCCUCCCGCUGAGCUUCAUCGCCGCCUUCUUCGCCAUCAACAUCCGCGAGUUCCCCGGCGGCCGGAGCAGCAGCGCGGAGGAGGCCGGACCCCCCGCCGCCGGCCUCCCCCUCGGCUACGUCAGCAAGUACAUGUUCGGCAUCGGGUUCGCCGUCUCGAUCCCGCUCAUCGCCAUCGCGCUCAGCCUCGACGACCUGGGGCACCUGCUGCGUCGCGCCCGACGCUCGCUCACGCAGCGCCGCCUCAGGAGAGAGAGGGCGGCGGCGGCGGCGGCGGCGGCGGCUGCGGCUUGUAACAGCGAGAAGGGUCGUCCUCCUCCCGCGGGCACCGCGGGCUCGGGCGACGGGGGAGGUGGCUUGCAGAAGUCGAAUAUGCUGCCGUUUGCGCGGGUGCUGAGCGUGGCGCGGAGUGCGCGGAAGAGCGUGGAGACGGCGGACUGGAUCCGAGCGAGGUUUUCGACGUCGUCGUCGACGAGGCGGGGGAUUGGGGAUGGGAAUGGGAAGGGGGUGGGUAUCGGUGACGCAAACGGAACCGGUGUGGGAACGCCGGACUUCAGACAGAUGGCUACGGGGUUCAAGAUGAAGAGGGUUAGCGGGGAUGUGGAAAGGGGGUACUCUGAAGGGAGGGCGGCUGGGUAG